CUGGUGUUUAGUUCAGUGAGAGAAAGGAAUUGUCCAGAACGUCGUUUGUCACAACUGCAGGAUGCAUCCACUGGCUCUCUUUUGUGUACUUGUGACUGUCUCUGUCACCUGGGCGUGGCCUCACCUCCCUCAUGCCUCAUCCUCAGAGAUGGUCGACCGUAUUAACAAGGCCAACGCCACCUGGACGGCCGGGCAGAACUUCCAUAACAUUGAUAUCAGCUAUGUGAAGGGACUGUGUGGGACUAUACUGAAUGGACCCAAGCUGCCAGAGGUGGUUCACAGUACUGAAGGCAUAAAGCUUCCGGACAGCUUUGACGCACGCCAGCAGUGGCCCAAAUGUCCCACAAUCCAACAGAUCAGGGACCAGGGAUCCUGUGGGUCCUGCUGGGCCUUUGGGGCAGCUGAGGCGAUAUCCGACAGGUUAUGUAUCCACAGCAGCGGUCAGAUCUCUUUGGAGAUCUCUGCUGAAGACCUACUGUCCUGCUGUGAUGAAUGUGGCAUGGGCUGCUUUGGUGGUUUUCCCUCUGCUGCUUGGGAGUUCUGGGCAAAGAAAGGACUUGUGACAGGAGGCCUGUAUGGCUCCAAAGUUGGCUGCCGACCCUACAGCAUCGCUCCCUGUGAGCAUCACGUGAAUGGGACUCGUCCUCCGUGUCAGGGUGAAGGAGAGACUCCUAAGUGUGUGGAGCAGUGCAUUGAUGGAUACUCACCGUCCUAUCAGAAGGACAAACACUUUGGUAGACGCACAUACAGUGUCCCGUCCAAACAGGAGCAGAUCAUGACCGAGCUGUACAAGAACGGGCCUGUGGAGGCAGCUUUCUCUGUAUAUGCAGAUUUUCUGCUGUACAAGGCUGGUGUGUACCAGCACAUGACAGGGGAGAUGCUGGGAGGUCAUGCUAUCAAGAUCCUCGGCUGGGGAGAGGAGAAUGGGACGCCCUACUGGCAUGCUGCAAACUCCUGGAACAGUGAUUGGGGAGAUAAAGGUUUCUUCAAGAUCAAACGUGGAAAUGAUGAGUGUGGUAUUGAGUCGGAGGUGGUUGCAGGAAUUCCACUCAACUAGAUUAAAUGAGUCCUGGCUGCAAACAAUCGUCAAAUCAAGGCGAUAAGGAAAGAUAAAAAUAAAGACCUCAUUUUGUAAAAGACUUGAGUAUUGCAUUUAAAGGCAUUCAAAUAUAGAGAGAUUUCAGUUCAUCAUCAAG